GAGGACAACAAAAAGAAAAUGGCGGCGCUCAUAGAUCUUCUUGCUGCGGGUUUGAUCGAGAAAGACGUCAACUCGGAUGUAUUAUGGGUCUGGUCCUAUCCUGUGAUCAAUGCCAAGCAACGAGAUCUUAUCCAGAGGAAAGGAUGUCUAAACACUACACACAACGGUUCCUUGGUUCCCUUUGUGUAUGGUCAACACAAUAGGCAGUGGUUCUACAUUAGCACGCAGGAAGUGGUCGACUCAUCCACUCUCCCUAAGGUCAAAAGUUUCUCUCUUGUGCUCCUAACAAGAGACUUCAACCCGGAGAAGUACAGCCUGUUGACCAAGAUCCUCUGCCAGGCCUAUGUGUCGUCGGGAAACCCUGCCUCAUUGCUAGAACAUUACUUAUCAGUCAUUACAAAAGGGAGCUGUCAGAGUGAGAACAAUGGCAUGUUCCAGGUUCGGGAUUUUGACUUGAGGAAAGCUUACGCUACAGCUUCCAUAAAAGAUGUCAUCAAUGCUUUUGAGUUGGAGUCCAUCCUGAUUUAUACAGCUUUACUGCUGAAGAAACGCGUAGCAGUGUACCACUCCAAAGUAGAAGAACUGCUUGAUUUUGUAAGAGCAUUACCGAGCCUGGUAUGGCAUCGGCAAAACUGGUCCCUCCUCUACCCAUACGUUGAUCUGGAGUCCGAGGAUGAGAUACAGGAAUUGAAAGGAGCUUCGUCUUACAUUGCUGGAUUCACCGAUCCUGUUAUUGAGAAUAGGACCAAUCUCUUUGAUGUUUUUAUCAACGUCCCGACCGGUGAAAUCACAGUUAAUCCUACCGCUAAAGAAUAUUUCACGUUGGGUAAGCUGCAUAAAGACAUAGCCAAGGUGAUGGUUACCAGUGCUCAGGAUGAGUCCAUAAGCAACAAACAGACCAUUGUGGAUAUUUCAAACAAGACGAUGGAAUUAAUCAACAACUUAAAAUCCCUGAGUGACUCUGGUCCCAACGGAUCAGGCAAAGUCAGCAUCGAGACGUUGCAUGAACGUAAAAUGCCACCAGCCACAGAGAGCUUCCUGUUCAACCUUGCCGCUGCAGAAGGAAUGGCACAAGUCUAGUAAGAUGUGUACACAAAAUGAGAAUAUUUUUUGCGGCAAAUUGUACUAGUGCAGAAGGACCAGCCGGGUCGAAUAGGAUGUGUACACAAACUGAGAAUGUUGGUGUUGGUAAAUCUUGCUGGUAAAGAAGGACGGGCACAAUUCUAAUAUUAGUAAACCUGCUUGUAAAGAAGGACCAGCACAAGUCUAAUAGGAUGUGUAAACAAACAGAAUAUUUUGUAUUAAAGUAAAUCGUGCUAGUGCGAAAGGACUGGCACAAGUUUAAGAAGGAUUUCUUUCUGUUAUGAUGUGCUUCACAACCAAGCCACUAACAGACUGGCACAAGUCUAGUAUAAAAUGGCAAAUGGGAACUUGCAAACUUAGGCCCAAUUUCAUAUUUAGAGAGCUGUGCUUAGCUUCUUUUUGGUGUGCUAAAAAAGCAAAGGUAUACGGGAACCAGUCACAAGUAGUACAUGUACAAUCUGGGUUUUUUUUGUGCUGGUUACCUUUUUCUGGUAAGCAUAAUUUGUUUGUGCUUAAUUAGUUUUUGUACUAAAGCAGCUUCAAGAAUUAGGACUCUUUUGGGCCGUUCAAUGAAUUUACACACAGAGAAUGCAUUUGAAUUGUUUCAAAACAAUUACAUAUUAUUU